GAGACGUGCUCCUAGGAGCAGUAAUAAGUCAAAUUUCCAUACAACAAAAUACGUAUAUAAACAUAAAUAUAAAUAUAAUAUAUGACGCAAAUGGGCCGCUAUCGCCGCCCGAUUAACAGCACAAAUUUGAAGUUCGAAAUGUUGCGUUUUGUGUUAGUCAGCGUAUUCGUUGCCAGCUAUUGCUGUUCACAGUGCCGCGGCGAUGACGAUCCGCUCGAUCACAUCCAUUUCGAGCCAUCCCGUAGUAAUAUACGCGAGGGCCAAGCAUACAACGUUACCUGCUGGGCCGACAGUCUCGCUGCCUUGAACAAACUCUGCGACGGCGGCGGCGCGGAGCGUUUGUACAUGCAGGCGAACCGCUUGAAUUUGACUGUGCACAUACUUAAUGGCAGCACUAUUUACCACGAGGUCCGCUCGGCUCAGCCGAAGCACGAGCGGGCGUUUGGCUACGAGUGCCUGUGCAAUGGCAAGUCACUGCUAUCCUCGUACUUCCGGGUGGGCGUCCGGCUGCAGGUUGAUGACUUCAGCUGCCGGUUCGAGGAGGCCGAGUCUCCGGCGACGUUCACCUGCAGCUUCAGCAAGCCAGCCCUGAGUGACGUUGUUGCCAAGGCCAAUUACACGUUGCAGCAUAACAAUCAGAUUGUCGAAUGCCAGCCGGCUGGCAAGGGAUUACAGAUGCAGUGCAUCGGCCGCCUGGAUAUCUUCAAUGAAGUGUACAACUUUACUUUAAGGCUGCACGAUCAUCUGGACGAGCAUUUCCAGCGAUUCCAGCUGCGGCGCGAACAGAUGAUUGUGCUGGAGCGGCCCGGGUCCAAUUUGAAUGUGACAAGCCUAAACAGCUCAUCGAUUUGCCUCGAGUGGAGCGCCAAGCGGUCCACAAACCACAUCGGCUAUACCAUCGAGUGGUCAAAGCAGCUGCUGAUGCUGCCGCCGAACGGCAGCAGCGAUAGCGGCGUGAUCUGGUCGGACCCCGAGCAGCUGACGAACAAAGAGCGCCUCUGCCUGUUUCGCCUGCCCCGUCCCUAUCAGAACUACACGAUUCAGCUGAAACGUCGCUACGCCUAUGCGAGCGCCCACUGGAGCCGGACCUUUGUCUACAGCUUCUGCACGCAUCCGGAGCUACCGGCACGACCGCCCGUCGUCUGGCCAAGCGGCUAUCAUAUCGAUCCCAAGCGGCCAAGCGAGCUGCACAUCUACUGGCAACAGCUGCCCCAAGUGGAGCACAAUGGUCCAGGCUUCACCUACAACGUGACCAUUCAAAAGGCCAGAUAUCCGCAUGAAAUCAUAGCUGCCAGAGUGGAAAUCGAAUCGAAUCGAGCCAUAGUCCGCAAUCUAAGCCUGCACAGCGAUAGCUUUACGAUAAUCGUGCUCAGUCAGAAUUCGUUGGGCAGCUCGUUGCAGAGCAGUCGGAUACGAAUACCGCGACAGCAGGAGUCGAUGCAAGCGAGACGAGUGCCCAAGAACUUGGCCAUUGGCACGGGGGAGAGCCGGAAGCAACUCACCUGGGAGCCGCCAGAGGAGCAGAAGCUGCUGACCAGCUACACCGUCUACUGGUGCAGCUGGAACACAACGGAUCGCAGCGAGUGCAAUGCGAGCGUGGCCCUUGACUCCGCUGAGGUGGAGCGCUGCACUCAAUGCCAGUACGAGCCAUCGGCUGGCACGCUGAUCGAUGCCUUCAACUGGGCCGUCUCGGCCAAUUAUGAUGCGCGCGAUGCGAUUGGCAGCGGCGGCAUUCGCUGGCUGGCCUGGUACCAUGGACCAUUCACGACGGCCGUCGUCAAAUCGGAUCCAAAGCAGAAUCUGCAGGGCUUAGUUGCGCUCAUCAUACUCGGCGGCUUCAUCUAUUUCCUCGUUCAGAAGUAUCGCUAUAUGUCCGACAUCAAGGUGGAUCUGCCUGUGGGUCUGCAAAGUGUGCCGGCACUAACAAUAGUGGAGCAGGAGCUUCCACUUCUAGUCGUAGAUCAGCAUCAGCGGCAGCAGCAGCAGCCGCAGCCGCAGCAGCAGUUGGAGGAGCUGCAGGAGGAGCAGACGAACUUCGAUUCUAGCGUCGAGUAUGCUGCGGUGCGCUUUGAAUGCUUUCGACCUCCGGACACACUGAAAGCUGCUCAGCCAAUGUCAGACUAUGUCAGCACGCUAAGUCCACUAUUUCCAUCAGCUCCGCCAGCUGCUGAUCUCGCCGCAUCCCUGGACAAUCCCUCGGGCUACAUUUGCAUGCAAUCCAUUCGGCCAACCCAAGUCACAGGCUACGUGAGCCUACCAUAACGCAUCCGGAUAUAGCAUAUGUAUAUAUGACACAUUCUUUUAAGUCAGUUAAGCAGAGAGAUAAAGACAAAGGCAGACGCGUACACAACUAGCGAGAG